AUGCAAGGACUAGAUUUGAAGAAAACUCAGGAGUUUCUAAAAUAUCUAGCACUGCGUAGUCACUCUGGAGUUAUAACUACUCAAAAUGGCGAUGCAUCAACUACAACCCAAUCUGGUGAUGACUCCAGCAAAGGCUCUUCUACUGUGUCUGAUUCAAGAACCUUUUCACACGGGCCACUGACUACUCAAGUUUCUGCUCGAUCAUUAAUAGGUCAACCUGUAUUAGUUCCUAUAAAAUCAGCAUUAUCCUCUACAAGUACCUCAACAGCAACAGCAUCUACUGCAAAUGCAUCGCCUACUGUUGUAACUACUGGAAUAGGAAAAUCAAAUGCACAAGAGGUAACUCCUCAGUCAUCCUCUUCAUCUACAUCUCAUUCAUCCCAGUCAGCACAUACGGUACCACAUUUUGGUGGCACAUCCACUACAAAUCUGUCUAAAGUAUCUGCUUCUAGGACUUUUUCCUCACUAGCAGAAGCUACUGAAGCAUCAAAUCCAAUUACAAAUGAAAGUGCAGCUUUUAACAAGAGAACUGGGACUACAGGAACUACAAUACAAUCUGAUGGCAACACUCCAGUACCCCAUUUUACCAUUUCUAUAAACUCGGCUCCAUCAAAGCAACUUGGCUCUAGUACCUCUUCGUUUAUUUCUACAGAUGAAGAGGUUUCACAACCAAAAACAGCAGGCCAGCCUAUCAGAGGUGCUUUUUCUUCAGCAUCAACCUCGACUGGGGCUUCACCUGCUGCUCCAUUCUCUACACAUGCUUCAGUUGGUUCAGAAUCUGCAAAAGGUGGAGUUUCAUCUCCCUCCAUAGUUUUGCCUACAUCUUCAGAUGGCCCUGCACCAUCCAGAGCACUAUCAAGAGUUAACUUUGCGUCCAUCAGAGACUCAGCUGGUGCAGCUGUUCCUGGUUCUUCUUCUACAGCUACAUCUUCUACAGUAAAUUUAGGCCCCCAAGAAAUCGUUCAGCAUUCCUUAUUUCCUACUGCAACAACAUCAGCAUCAACUUCAACCAGAGAUUCAACAGCAUCAGCACCUGCUGCAAGUUUAUCACCUGGUGAUGCAACUACUGUAAGAGGAAGAACAAGAGUGCCAGUACGAACUGAUCACUCAUCUGCAUCCUCAUCAUCAAUUGGUUCUUCACAGUCAAGUACAGUACUGCAUUUUGGUGGCGCCUUCCCUUCAGAUCUGCCUCAAUCUUCUGCUUCAAGUUCUUCAUCUAUAACAACAGCUAGAGAUGAUGUAUCACAUUCCAUAAAAUCCAGUCCCUUUCCUACACUAUCAGCUUCAACAGUAACAGGAACUACAUCUACAUUACCUUUUGAAAGUACAUUUUCUAGCAGGUCAAAUACAGAUGUAGUACCAGAGACAGGAUUUUCAGCAUCUCAUUCAUCUGCAUCCUUAAUAACACCCAGUUCUUCACCAAUAAAUAAAGGUUCACAUUCUAGCAGUUUUUCCACGACUGAUUCAUCAAACACAUCUUUUUCUAGUACUUCCUCAUUUUCCCCUAACAUUCAAAGAGUUUUACAACUAGUAAAUUUAGGUCAGCCUGCUUUCAUCCCUGCAGCCUCAGCAUUAAUCUCAACGAGAAAUCAACCCAGUGAAACUGCUCAAUCAUCUUUAUCUAAAGCCACAACAUCAACUGGUUCUUCACAAUCAAUAAAUUUAGUACCACAUUUCAGUAGUACCUCUCCUUCAGGUCUGUCCAAAACAACAAAUUCUAAUUCUAUUUCAUCACCAAGAUCAAAUCCAGUUACAAUUAUUCAAUCUCCUUCAAUUUCUGCAUUGUCUUCAACUGGAACUUCAUCAAAAGUGUCAUCUUCUGGAAGUAAAUUACCUAGUAAGGUAAGUGGAACUACAAGUACCACAUUAGUGCCAGAGGAAAGAAUUCCAGUAUCUUCAUCAUUUGUAUUUUCAAAACCACCGGGUUCCUCAUCAAAGGAAUUUACUUCUAGUGCUUCCUCAGGUACUUCUAAAGAUAACAAGUUUUUGCAACUGCCAAUAAGUGUUCACCUUCCUCUAGUUUCAACAUUAACCUCAAAAGAAGCAUCUACAACAUCUGGUUCAGCAAGAGCAUCAGAAAGGGCUGGUUCAAAACACAAAAACGCAUUAGUAUCUAGAAUUGGUUUGGUCUCCGAUGGAGAUUUGUCUGUAGCACCUGCAUCUAGCUCUUCCUCAUCUACUGCAGCCACUAAAAUCACUAUUGCCCCACAAGCAGUGAGUCAAUCAGCCAAAGUUCUAGUAACAGGCUCUUCAUCAGCUCUUCCUACAUCUUCAAGGAAUACAAUGGCAGAGUCACUGCAAGCAUCAUCAUCCUCAGCUGCAUCAUCUGCUACUUCAGCUUCAACAGGAACAUCAGCCUCUACUAAUACAAGGGACUCUGGGAACUCUGUGGACAGCAGUGUACGUGAAUCAACAAUCUCUCUGUCAGACAGACAAGCCCACAUUGGAAAUGUAAUAAACUUUGCGACGGCUGGAGGGGCGAGAUUCUUUGGAACUGGUCAUCCACCAACCAUACCAACAGUUGCAAUACCUAUAGUAACAAGUGGUGCUCUUGUGGAGCCCAGAUUGGGAUCUGCUGGAACUUUUGGAAGCAAUACCCCAGUAUUUCUUGCCAAUACAGUGCAGGCGUCUACACCAGUGAUACACAGUGUCCCAACAACCUUCUUAACUGGAGGUCACAGUAAUCAUCCUGUUGUUCAUGGGCAGAACUUGGCUUUAAGCAGUCCAUUAUCAAUUUUCAGUGUUCCAAGACAUCAGAUAAUAGGAAUCGAUGCUGUACAAGGUUGA